CCUCCCGUACGCCGUCAAACACAGACGCCGGAGACGAGACGUCGAGGAAAGAGAACGGCCGCGCCAAAGCCGCGGGUUUCUGUGGAGUUCAUGUGACGCGCGCGACGAUCGAGCAUGGCGAGCGGCGGCGCGGGAGGCUACUACCACGGCGACCGGUACGGCUACGGCUACUCGUACUCGCGGCAACAGCCCGCGCCGUCGGCGACGUCGUUCCACAUGUGCCUGUUCCUGGCCACGGCGUGCCUCCUCGGCGGCGCGUCGCUCUACUCGCACUGCGAGUCCGCGAUGGAGAGCCUCGUCGACCAGCUCCGGGUCGCCGUCGUCCUGUCCCCGUUCGUCCUCCUCCUCGCGGCGCAGUACUGGUCCGCGACCGGGCGCCGCUGGCGGUCGUCGCACUCGUACUCGUCGUCGUCAUCGCUGCUCGCGGCUCCGCCGUCGGUGAUGUCGUGGGAGCAGCAGCCGCCCUGGUACGACCAGCGGCAGCGAGACGGCGGGGCGUCGUCGCCGUGGGGCGUGGCGCUGGCGCUGGCGCUCGUCCUGCUACUCAUCUCCUACCAGUCGUGCUUCCAGUACUGGUGGUCCCCGGUCGUCCGCCGCCGGCGCUGAGCACCGUCGAUCGGAUCGGAUCGGAUCGUUCGCGCGCAGCUAGAACUAGGCACAGCAUUUGGUCACGUACGGGCUAUGCUAGCUAACUAGGCAAGGAAAUUAUCCGCAGUUGACAGAGCAGGAUUUUGCUGCUUAAACCGUCAGAUGUAUUAGCUGUCAGAAAACUAUCACUAGUGGUAGUUGGAGGAUGUAAACUGCAAUAAACUGUUAUGAUAUACUAGUAUAAAUAACAAAGAGCACUAUUCUUGUA